AUGAAAGCCGUAGCGGUGAUCACUGUAAUCGCUUUGUUCUUCAGACAGAGCACUAAGGUGUCCGCCUUGAGAAAUGUCAAGGGGGAAUUAACUUGGUUAACCACUACCCCCGAUGAACGGAUCUUAACUAACAAGAUAGAAAAUUACAAGAAUGAGGUGGAAGCCCAGGUCCUGCAUUUGAAGCAAAAUGACAAGCUCACGAAUGAGGUGGAUUAUCAGCUAAACGAACUGAUUGACGUGAUGCGUCUCGUGGGAGAUACUCAAGAACAGCAAAAACGGGAACUGCACAACCUAUCCACCUCAUUGGAAGUAACGAAAGAUGCAUUGUUGAAAAUGUUAAGUGAAUACGAAAACAGAAUCGACCAGUUGGAGUACAUCAUUAUGGACACCAAAAAAUAUGACCCAUAUAAGGAAAGGUUUAAUUAUCCUAUUUCCAAGUAUUGGCUCCAAGUGGACUUGCUUAACGUUAAGUCCCUAUGGAAGUAUCAGAAAAGGAAACAUUUCACUUCAAUCGUACAGCCCAUCGAAAUGACAAACAUUAAGUACCCUUCAUCAAUUCUGCUGCUAAGACAUCACAUAAUUGUUGAGGGGUUCAUUAAUGUAGAGGUGCUCCAAAAGGCUUCCUCCCUCGAACCAAAAAUAAAUCAGUCCGCCUCUGGUAUCGUUUUCGAUUUUGUAGAUUCUCACAAUUUUAGGUUCGUCCAGUUAUCCUUUUUGAAUGACCAGGCUAUUAUCUCCGUGGAAGAGGUGAGCAGCUCCCUGCACAGCAAAAUAAUUUCUAAGGGAGUCGAGGCCAUCCGUAAGGACUUCAAUACCCUGACGUGCGAAUUUGUAUCCACCCAAAUGAACGUCUUCUUAAACUACAAAAAGGUUAUCGAGGUGGAUUUCGCCGAUAGAGGGAUAAGCAGCAAAGGUGGGAACCGGUCGGUGGGUCUCUUCACCAAAAGCGGGACGGCAGAAUUUAGAAACUUCCUCACGGGAACCCUCCAGUUCGAACAUCUCCUAAACCAUGCCCUGGUAAUCCCAGACAAGAAAGACAUCUCCACAGGAUCAGUAACAAAUUCUUACCGCUUCUCCAAAAGGGAGAGUAAAGAUGACCUCAGCGUGUACACCAUACCUUAUAGCAGUAAAGACUACUACGACAACAAGGAGGAUGAAAUAACCUAUGACGUUUAUCCUACCCCAGAAUCGAAUUCGCAUUAUGAUGUAAACAGGUCGGGACAUGCUAAGCAGAUCAUCACGCCUGGUGCUUCCCCCAACGAAGUGACGUACAACUCAUGUGAAGAAUACAAAGGAAAAAAUUUUAGCCUAACCGACUGGAUAAGCGAUAGUACAGACGCAUCAAACAACUGGAAGUUGAUAUCCCAGUUUGGUAUUCAAAGAAUAAUAUUUCGCAACAACUACAAAUCUGCACUGAUCAACUCGGCACUCAUUUAUAGAAGGAACUUUUGCAACUCGAUCAGUAUAUCCUCCUACAUUAAAGUAGAAAACGACACAGAAGCCGGACUCCUCUUCAGAUAUGACAACAGGGAUAACAUGUACACAUUAACAAUUUCAAGUACAAAUAGGGAAGUUAUUUUGAAGAGAAAAAAAAAUAAUAUCGAAUCUGUCAUAAAAAGUGUCUACGUAAAAAGCAUCAAUUCGUUUCAAAGGCAUCAUUUGCUGGUCCGGGACACGGGAGAACGAGGCCACCUCAGUGUAUCCCUCGAUGGGGUCAAAUUGUUUUCCCUACGCGGGGAGAAUUAUUUCAACUCUGGCAGAGUUGGCUUCUUUGUUGAGCACGGCCACGCCGCGUUCGACACGUUCAUAGUUGAGCAGAUCAGUGAUGACAUGGAGAAAAAUCACUCCAAUUUUGAAUAA